CACUGUCAAAUGAGGGGGGUUAAUUAUAAUCAGAUAGCCACAUGAACUUUUAUUUUUCUUAAAUUUCGGUGUUUGAAACGAGUGUUGUUAACAGAAAUGAAUUAACCAUAUAAGUGAGACGCUGAAAUCGAAAAUAAACGUGUUUACCCUUAUAAUUGCCAGUGAUUUUAGCGUAUAUUUUGGUGAUAUAACUACUUAACGAACUAAAAUGGCCAUCAAAUCAAAUAUAACGCCGGAUGGCGGAGACGGUGAUGCAGCUCAAGAACAAGAUUCAGGUACAUCUUCAGUAACUUAUAGCCCAAAAACAAACUCGAGGCCAAACGAAUCCACCCAGUUGGCUUCUAAACAGACAUAUUUUGCAGACCAAAGAAUUAGGAUACCAGAAGUCGAAGGGACGGGGUUCAGCUUUAGAAAAUUAUGGGCGUUCACAGGACCAGGGUUUCUGAUGUCCAUCGCCUACUUAGAUCCCGGCAAUAUCGAAAGCGAUCUACAAAGUGGAACCGUCGCCCAAUAUAGGUUACUAUGGGUACUUCUUAGUGCAACUCUUUUAGGACUUUUAAUGCAGCGAUUGUCGGCCAGACUGGGCGUUGUGACGGGUCUACAUUUAGCAGAGAUGUGUUAUAGACAAUAUAGGAAAGUACCGCGACUGAUAUUGUGGAUAAUGAUAGAGAUAGCGAUUAUAGGUAGUGAUAUGCAGGAAGUGAUUGGUACGGCAGUGGCUAUAUACCUUCUUUCAAAUAGAGUAAUACCAAUUUGGGGAGGAGUUCUCAUUACAAUAAUAGAUACAUUUACAUUUUUGUUCCUCGAUAAGUACGGCCUGAGAAAGUUGGAAUCGUUCUUUGGCCUUUUAAUAACAAUAAUGGGAGUUACCUUUGGAUUCGAAUACGCAACCUCAAAACCCAACGCCGUGGGUGUUUUAGAGGGUAUGUUUGUACCCUGGUGUAAAGACUGUGAUAGUAGGGCAUUGUUACAAGGUGUUGGAAUUAUAGGUGCUGUUAUAAUGCCCCACAACCUCUACCUUCAUUCAGCACUUGUUAAGUCGCGAGCCAUCGAUCGAACAAAAUCGGAGAAAAUUAGAGACGCUAAUAAAUAUUACUUAAUAGAAACAUGUAUAGCAUUGCUUGUUAGUUUCGUUAUCAAUGUAUUCGUCGUAGCCGUUUUUGCUCAUGGAUUGUUCAAAACAACGAAUCAGCAAGUGCGUGACCUUUGUGCCAAUCAUCCGACACUCAAUUCAACUGUAUUUCCAGCAAACGAUGAGUAUGUAGACGCAGAUCUAUAUCGCGGUGGAAUAUUCUUGGGUUGUAUGUACGGCGUUCUAGCCAUGUAUAUAUGGGCUGUAGGAAUCCUAGCUGCAGGACAGAGCUCCACAAUGACAGGUACAUACGCCGGUCAGUUUGCCAUGGAAGGCUUUUUAAACCUACAAUGGGCUAGAUGGAAGAGGGUUCUGUUUACUCGUACCAUAGCCAUUAUUCCAACAUUCUGUUUGGCAUUUUUCAGUAAUAUUAACGAUUUGACAAACAUGAACGAUAUACUAAACGCCAUCAUGAGUCUUCAGUUACCUUUCGCCACCAUCCCAACCAUUGCGUUCACCAGCAAUCCACAGAUUAUGGGAGAAUUCGUAAAUGGAAUUCCGAACAAAGUAGCUGCCAUUCUGCUGAGCAUCGUAGUAAUUAUGAUAAACACGUACUUCGUUAUAAACACAGUGGAUGAAUUGCAACUAACCUGGCCCCUUUUGGUCGUAGUCGUAAUCGUUGGCAUCUUUUAUUUGUUGUUCUGUUUUUAUCUCGUGAUACACAUGAGCAUAUCUAUGGGAAGCACUAACUUAUUAAGGUAUAACUUCGUGAACAAAUAUAUCAUGGGCCCCGUAGACGCCACUUUGGAUAUUAGUCCCAUCGGUUAUGCCAGAUCUCAUUCGGAAUGCUCAAUUGAUUCUUUAGACGAAGAAGAGAAAAAGCUUUAAUUUAAAUCUCGAAUACGGUACAUGUAAUGUACUAUUUUGUGUAAUAUCAUUGAUGACUGCCAUAACAUAAAGGCUAAAAAAUAUAUAGAUAGUAACAGAGAUGAUAUUGUUAAAGAAUUCAAAUUUUAUAGUAAUAUUGUAUUUAUUGUACGUAUUUUGACCUGGUUUGUUUAAAGUUUAGACUCCAAACAGCAUGUAAAAUAUUGUAUAAAUAUUGACGUGGUUUCCUGUAUGAAAUUCCUAGAAACAAUAACCAAAACCAUUUAAUUUGUAAACAAAUCUAUGUUUUUACUAAAUAUUGACAAUUUAAUUUAACAUCCAUCAAUAGGAGGUUUUAUAGCAAAUGUUUAAAGAGUGACUCUCAACAGUAUUAACCACAUUUGGUAGUUGUACAGCGAGUAAAAUAAAUAUUUUGCACUGGCAGUAAAUUUAUAGUUUUAAAAACAUUUGUCAUGAAAGUCAAUGCUCAUUUGAAUGUAUUGUUACGGUUUUACUAACUUUAUUAUUAAAUUAUUUUAAAAACUUAAUUUAUUAGUCUUUAUUUUACCAAAGUAAAACACAUUUUACUAAAAAUUCCCCGACAGUAUAAAAUGAACGGUUCACAUAAGAAUCAAUACAUAUUAUGCUUCUUUUCAUGAGCAUUUUUCAGUGCGUCACAAAUGAUAGAAAAAAAAGGUAAGUCUGUGAUAAUAUACAUUUUAGUGACAUAACAUUUUAGUUAAAUCUGACAGUUGUCACAUUUUAUUUGCAAUUUGGCAUAAAAACAAAUCAAUUGUGUUUAUUGUAUUUAUAAAAUGGUAUUUUCUUUGAUUUGUAUAGUAUUAUAAAUUGUACAGAUUAUAUUCGUAGAUAUAUUAUAUUCGUAAAUAUUUUUUUUCGAUUAUAGCGCCAUCUUUUGACAACUAGAAUAAAUGUUAUAAAUGUCACCGAUGAAAUGUAAUCACCGACGUGCGUUUUUUUCUGUCACACACAAUUUAAUGCGUUAGAAUGAAAUCGAAAAACUGUGACGCACUGAAAGAUGCUCAUGAGAAAAAGCAUACAUUACAAUAUCCGUAUCCAUGCCUGCCCUGAUGUAAAACGUUAGCUUGUAGUCUUCUUCUUCUUGUAGUGCCUAUCCGUUUCGGAUGUUGGCGACCAUCAUGGCAAUCUGCACUUUGCACACUGCUGCUCUGAAAAGAUUUGUAGUGGUUGUGUUGAACCACGUUCGUAGAUUUUUCAGCCAGGAAAUCCUUCGCCUUCCUGGUCCUCGCUUUCCCUCUACUUUUCCCUGCAAGACCAGUUGCAGCAGUCCAUAUCUCUCGCUUGUAGUCUAGAGGCGACAAUUAUUAGUCUCUAACAACGUGUAGACCUGCUUCUAGAUCUUUCGGCUCCACAUCAUCGAAUUUCUGGUCGCUUUACGGAUAUAUGAAGCGGCUGGCGAACCUUUCGCAUAAUAUACAGGGAUGAGCGCGCUAAUAACCGGCAAAAUAGCUCAAAAGAUGGAAAACAUAAUACAUUGCGAAACAAAAAGAGAUGAAAUUAGUGGAGGUGGAAAUUAUAGUUAUAAACGUCUAAAAUAACAUUACAUUACAUAGUUUCCCACCUUUAGACCUAUCAGAGGAGUAUGACAACUGUCACUGUGACAGUAGAAUUGUAUAAGAUACUCCUUUCACAGACGUCUAAAGGUGGGAAACUAUGUAAUGUAAUGUUAAUUAAUACGUUUAUAACGAUAAUUUCCACCUCCACUAGUUUCAUCUCUUUUUGUUCCGCAAUGUAUUAUGUUUUCCAUCUUUUGAGCUAUUUUGCCGGUUAUUAGCUUGCUCAUCACUGUAGAUAAAUGCCCUUUAUUUUAAAUAGAGGGGAGAAUAGCCUAACAGUAUUUUAAUGAACGUUCUAAUCUCUUUUACACUACGAAUGGUUAGAAGACGCAGCAACGAAACUGGAAUAAUUGACUAAUCCAGAAAAUGCAGGAAUUGUAGGAAUUUUUCCUCGACAAUAUCACCACUGGGGUGUAUAGAUGGGUUUGGAUAAAGGAAUGAAAUAUAUGUCCAUGUUUGUAUGCCCCAGAGAAGAGAGUUUGAAACUUCAAGCUCGAACAGAACUUAUCUUCAUCUAGGACCCCCUGAAUGGACCACUGCAUAGUACUAGAAUCGUGACGAAUUACUUAAAGAAAGUAGGUAUCAAUACCUACAGCCCUGAGCAGACUAUGAGCCAAAACCUUUGGGAUGAACUUCAGCUAUAGUUAGAAGUCAACUAGACCUGCUAAAAAGACUUGUUUAGCUACAGAACGUGUUUCAUGAAGAAAAGGAACAGAUUCCUCAAGAUUUUAUUUAAAAUUUGUUCCAUUCGAAGGUACAAACAAGCCUUCAUCUCUUAUCUUACUGCUCCACCAUAAACGGCAAUUUGUAACUUAAUUAUAUAUGACGUGGGGUAUAUAAUGUGGGGAUAAACUUUCAAGGUUUGGUCACUUCGAGUAGAGAGCAGCAGGCCUAGGCCUCUCCGAUGAUGACUCCAAUAAGAGUCGAAAAUCGUCGAUUCAGAGUGCUGGACUGCGCUCCCUGUUCUAAGUGAAAAGUAAGAUUGUUUUGCCUUCGCAUCAGUGGCGGCUAGUCAGGGUCGGCAGUGCCGACCCACACAUUUAUGGCCACAUUAUAGAUUUUUUUAAAUAUAUAAGUUAAUCAGAGUUGAUGAUAUUCGUUUCUGUGAAAUAAAAAAAAUAUCUGUGAGAUAAUACAGACUAAAUUUUAUUCAUUGUUUUUAAAAGAAUUCGAACGAUCUGAUACGUUAAGUGAUCCCUGUGCGCUGUGCGUAAGAGACUUUUCAAAUUAAGGAUCCUAGCCAGACAUACACCCGACUGCGAUUGUGUGAAUUCAUGGUCCGCUUCGGCUAGCCGUACCCAGUUGAGCAUUUGCUUGUAAUAAGACGCUGUGGAAUAUUAGCCGAUAGGCAACCAAUUAUACAUUCCCCGUAUUUAUUUAAAUGACAAGUACGACAGAAAAACAAUCUGCCGAGCACAGCGGUGAUCUGCAAAUGGCAACAAAACACGUACUUGGACGUUGAGAUUUAAUUUGGACGUUGAGAGGUGACUCAUAUUUGUUUGCAGAAAUUGCUUGAAAAUAACUCAUAUAAUAAUAUUUGAGUUAUCCUCCCACUCAAAAAGGUCCGGAACAUUGUUUAAAUAAUCAAAAUGUCAAAAAAUAAAGGAAACAUUCGAUUUUUUUCUUCAUUUUUUGAUUAUAACUUUAAAAGUGUUCAUUUUCGAGAAAAGUUGCACUGACAUAAAAGUUGCGUAAUUAAAUUUUCUACAAUAAAGGAUUAGCUAAAAAUUUUAAAAAUUGUCACCCUUGUUGCAAAAUAUCAAUAAAUGCGAAAAAAUCAUAAAAAACAAGUAUUCGCAUUUUACGUUUUUCAACCGUUUAUGUUACACUUAAGACCUUCAUAAUUUUACCCAGAAAAACUAUAUCAUAUGUAUAAUAAAAAAUAUUGUGAAUUUCAUUAAGAUCGGUUCAAUAGAUUUGGCAAGAUAAAUUUUGCAAUCCAGCUUUCGCAAAAAAAUUAAUUUUUUCAAAAUGUUGCAGAACUGAAAAUAAAGCAGACAGCAAGUUGAAUUUAUUUUUACGUAUAGAAGAAUACCGUACCUUCCUUCUAUAUGUAAAAAAAUUCAACUUGCUAUCUGCUUUAUUGUCAGUACUGCAACAUUUUGAAAACAUUAAUUUUUUUUGCAAAAGCUAGAUUGCAAAAUUUAUUUUGCAAAAUGUUUUGAAUCGAUCUUAAUGAAAUUUACAGUAUUGUUUUACUAUAUCAUACAGGUUUUCUGGUUAAAAUAUGAAGGUCGUAAGUGUUAGCGAAUACUUUGAAAGUUAAAAUCAAAAAACGAAGAAAAAAUUUAAGUUUUUCUUAAUUUUUUGACAUUUUGAUUAUUUAAACAAUGUUCCGGACCUUUUUGAGCGGAAGGAUAACUCAAUUAUUAUUUACAAGGAAUUUUCAAAAUAUCUAUUAGACAAGUUCAUUAAAAAUUAUCCAUCAUUCUUUAUUCAAAUAAAAUAAGAAAAAGGAUUAACAGUUUUAUAUGCUGAUCUAAAUAUUUUCGGAAGGUGGGAUAAGUUACAAAAUAUGUUUAAUUUUAUAUACUGCAAUUCAUUAGGUACAACAAACUGUUCCCGAAUUUAAUAAAUUAUUGUGCUCAAAUGUGGGCAAAUUCUGCCUCAAAUGAACGGGAUUUCUCUUGUCUCAAAAAAGUCAAAACGUAUUGUCGAAACACCAUGAAACAAGAGAGAAUGUCAAACUUGUCUCAAAUGUCAAUAGAAAAAAACUUUUAAAACCUCUCCAAAACAAUAAUAAAUUUUACAGAUAUUAAGCUGAUAAGAACAGAUACUACACUUUGAUCUUAGCCAGAGGCCGAGAAGCGAUUUGAAUGUCCCAUUUACAGUUCAAUGAAACCGGUUAAUAUGGCCCCCCUUAAUAAUUGCACCGACCUUAUUGGUUGUCUUAAUAAUGUAACUAUAAUAUCUCUGAAAGCAAUUUCAAUAUAUAUUUGGAAUAUCAUAAAACUUAGAUCUUUUGUUUUAAAUGAAUAAGCUUCAGUUUCUCCUUCAUUGGUGUUUAUUUAAGAAAACAAGUCUCCAUUUCAGUUAGUAAUAGCGAUUAACUUUUGUUUAAAUUUGUUAAUAGUUACUUAUGUUCUAGACUAGUUGUUAGUUAUAUUCUGUACUUCAGUUUCUCCUUCAUUGGUGUUUAUUAAAAAAACCAAGUUCUCCAUUUCAGUUAGUGAUAGCGCUUAACUUUUGUUUAAAUUUGUUAAUAGUUAUUUAUGUUCUAGACUAGUUGUUAGUUAUAUUCUGUACUUACUAAACUCAUUGUUAUAAAACUGUAGUUUUUAAAAACAAUAAAUGUCUAUCUAUCUAUCUAUCUAUCUAAUAAAUUUUACAAUGACGUUAUAACCCAUUUUGCUACUUCGAAACAACAUAGACUAGAGUUAAUUUAUAAACAGGUUUACAAAAAAAAAUAAAAAAAAAAUAAAAAAAAACAAAAACCAAAAAUCUUCUAUGAAAUUGAAGACUUUUAAUUAGAUGGCAUACCUAUCUGAGGAGACAAAACCUUGCCGACCCUGUCCCUAAAGCCACGAGCCGCCACUGCUUCGCAUUGCAACUGAAUAAAAAUGGUAUACAGUUUUAUUUUAGUUUAUAUUAGUAUUACUCCUAUAGUGUAACUAGGUCCAUUUUCCGUUGGAACUUUACCAAGCUGCAGACGGGGGUUGUGAAUUGCAACUUUUUAGAAUUCCCUCCCUUUGUCUUCACUGCAACAUCCAUCUGGCUUGCAAAUUUUAGAAGCCUUGGAGGUGUUACCAGGGAAAUGGACCAAUAAGUUUUCAAUUUAAAAAUCUUUUAGUAAUAUUUUUAAUAUUUUUCAAUAUUAUUAAUGUUGCUAUUAGGAUUGAAAUCUUUACCUUUCAAUUGCCAGAUGACGCUAGUCGCCUGGCAAUGUGGGGAUAAAUUUUCAAGGUUUGGUCACUUCGAGCAGAGAGCAGCAGGCCUACGCCUCUUCGAUGAUGACUCCAAUAAGAGUCGAAAAUCGUCGAUUCAGAGUGCUGGACUGCGCUCCCUAUUCUAAGUGAAAAAUAAGAUUGUUUUGCCUUCGCAUUGCAACUGAAUAAAAAUGGUAUACAUUUUUAUUUUAGUUUAAUUAUAUACUUUAAUUUAAAGAUGAAUGAUGUGUAAUAUUCCUUUAUUCCAAAAUUUAUAGGAUAGCCGUUGUUUUUGCCGCUCAGUGUAGAUUGUAUCAUAUUUAACCGCCUUUGUUACACCGCCCAUGAGCUAAGGAAUCCUUUUGUGCGUAUCGCUUUUGUGUGAUUUGUACUAUAUGUAUUGAGUAAAUGCCUUGAUAAUAUGUAGCGUUGGCUUCAUUGUCUUUACAAAUAGCCCUUUAUCAUCUGAAUAUCUAUAAAAUAAUAACAUUUUAUAGUGGAGUACUCACAUGGAUUACUAUGUUUUAUGUAUAAAAUGCAAUAUAAUUGGUGAUUUGUAUAUAAAACCUUCUAUAAAUUAAUGGACAAUCAUAUCUACUAUCAAUUUUUGAUGGGGACACUAACAACUGUACAAAUUUGACUAAGGCAAGCCGCACACCAAAGAAACAUAAAACGUAAAACAUGUUUCAUGAAAAUAAAACACUGCUAAACAAAUCUAAAAGUCCGCCUACCAAUGAAACGAGUGUGAUUCAUGCUCAUGAUACAUUUUUAUUUUCGGAGUUUCAUAAAUGGCCGGACGUAUAUUUGUUUAGCAGUGUUUUAUUUCCAUGAAACGUAAUUUACGUUUUAUGUUUCUUUGAUGUGCGACCUACCUUAAUCAUUAGAUAGAAUGUAUAAAGCUAGGAUAAAUCGUUCAAACCGUUUAAAUGUUUACUAACACAAUAUAAACACAUCUUACACAUUUGUUAGUGCAGAACUUUCAAAUAGAAUCGGAUAUUUUAUUGUAGAAAUAUUUAAUUUUCUUACUACCACCAUGGUUUAAGAAAGAAUCUUUAGUAUUACAAAGUGUUAGAACGUUUCAGACCCAGAGAUCAUCAUUAAACAUUAUUUCUCUGCUUUUUAUUGUUACAAGAUGCGUGUGAAUUAUUAUUGAUUUCUAUCUGAGUAUUUUUACAUAGUUAGUAUAACUCUUAAUAUCGUAAAUUUCUAAAAAAUUGCCCUCAUACAUGAACCUUUUCUGGGUCUGAUUGACUUGAAGAAAGCAUUUGACAGAGUAAGAUUCAAAAAUGUCAUAAAAACUAUUAAAAAGAUCUGCCAAAACAACAAAAUGGAAGUCAGAAUAAAUUGACAACUUAUUGAACCUAUAGAGAUAGACAACGGAAUAAAACGGAGGACUCAUUAAGCCAUAAUGCUGUACAAUUUAAUCAUGGAUGACGUGUCAACAGUGUAAGUAGCAUCAACAGUGUCAACAAAGGAAUAGGAUAGGGAAUGGGAAACAAAAAAGUAUACUCACCGGAGGGACCGCAGACGUUCGGAUACAAUUAGCGUCUCUUUGCAAAGAUAAUGACGUCAUCUUUGCAAAGUAACAAGACACUUACUCAACACACACACUACACAUUACACCUGAGUUAGUGAUAAGUUAUACAAUUACGUGGCUAAAGGUUCUAGUUCUAAACCAAGGCCAGAAUCCGAGAAAAAAAAAACAAAAAAGUAAAAAUACUCUGUUGCUAUAGUCUACAAAGGCUAGUCAACAGAUUUAUCAUAAGAACAAAAGAAUUUAAUAUAGCUAUCUCAACACAGACAACCAAAACAAUAGGCAUCAGUAUUGAACAAGUAGGUAAUGGAAAUAAAAUAUCUUUGAAUUACACUCUCCCAAUAUGGCGACCUGGAGAGAGAAGGGUGACAUAAAGUAUACUAAGCAAAUAGACUAACAGCAUGCUUUAAUAAAACUAUACAGGGUGUCCCCGAAAAUAGUGCGUUCCUUUAAGGUAUGGAUAUAAUACACAAUUUAGAACAAAAAAGUCCUAUAACAUUUUUUUUCUAAAGUUAACCGUUUCCAAGAAAAAAAUUUCAUUGUUUUCCAUAUAAGUGAAUUUUUAUUUUCAUAAAUUUGAAUGACAUGGCAACGUAGCGUAGAAGAACUUGCUGUGACUGUGGAAAUUUAACCUAAUAACCCCUUGUUUAUUUACUUUGAGGUGUGAUUUUUGGGGUUGUUGAGUUGCAAAAUAAUGGAUAUGGGUUUGGUUGAUAUUUAUAUUAUUUUACCCACCAGAGCAACUGACCUACAAAUCUACUUUUUUAAUCCUUAGAUUUUUGAGUUGCGCGUUGUUGCCAGACUUCAAUUUGCAUAUCAAAAUGUAUUUUCGUUUUUUGGUCAAACGGAUCAAUUUAAAAAAAUGUUAUAGACUUUUUUGCUCUACAUUGUGCCUUCUACCUAUACCUUUAAUGAACGCACUAUUUUCGGGGACACCCUAUAUAGCGAAACAACCAUAUUAACGUUGUUCUGAAGCUAUUUCAUUGUGGCAUUUUUAUGAUUAACUAUUUAGAUGGGAAAUAAGCCACAAUAAAAUUGAAAAAAUAAUUUUAUUAACGUUUCGGAGUCCGAAUCGGGUUUCGUUGUCAAAAUACUACUAAAAUAAACAAAAAUGUUGUUGCUAAGUAAAAAAAUUCUUCUAAUAAUUUAUUUAAUCUGACUCAUUUAUUAUUAUAUAAAAAAUUUAUUAUAUAAAAUUAUUUUUUCAAUUUAAUUGUGGCUUAUUUCCCAUCUAAAUAGUUAGUCCCAUAUUAACAAUGAGAUGCAGUCAAAAAUUUGUAAAGCCAGUGUAAAACCCAUAAUCAUAUAUGCACCAAGAACAAGACCCGACACAGCCACAACACAAAGGUUACUGGAAACGGUGGAGAUAAGAAUAUUGAAAAGAAUUACCGGAAAUACACUGAGAGAUCGAAAAAGGAGUGAAGACAUUAGAAGAAAAUGUAACGUACAGUAAUAAACGAGUGGAGACACUGAACAGAAAAAAAAGAAUGGAAUAACCACAUAAGCAGAAUGAAGAGACCCGUGUUGUAAGAAUAGCAAGAGAUAAAAUCACCAAUUGGUAGAAGUAUCGGACGACCGCAUUCCAUGGAGGUAUCAAUCCGCCAAUGAACAAGCAGAAGAAGUAGUGUACAUAUUUGCUUUACCAAAUCUGGGACAUGCAAUGAGAACACAGUGAUAUGAAACGCUAGAUUGAUAAUGCAGGUAAAUAUAAGAGAAGGAUAAUAGGACGAAGGAGAGUGUCAUAGUUAAAAGAUUUAAGGGACUGGUUUAAAUACAGUGCAAUAGCACUCUUCCAAGAAGCGGUAGAUAGAGGAGAGAUAGUUAAACGGUACUUAAAGAAGGACCAUUGUGUAUUAAGAUGAUUCUUAACACGAGAAUUCAUGCUCCAUGAAUUUUAAUUAUUCUAUUACAGUAGAACGUCAAUAAUCCGGAUUAAUUGGGACCGGACCCCAUCCGGAUUAUCAAAUUAUCCGGAUUAUCGAAAUGACCCCAAAAAAAGGCCAGUAUACACAUUAAAGUACAACAAACGUUUUAAAAUUUUAUGUUUUCUCUUGUACAGUAAAGUGUCUAGAGGUGAAAUUAAUCAAAACAUUUUUUUAUGUUUAAACACUGUAUUGUAAUUAAUUUAUAAUAGCAGCAUGUGUACAGUAAAAACAUCAGACACUAUUUGGGCUUUUAAAAAAAAUGUGUAAAAUAUUUUUGAACUGCGGUAGAGGUUCGUUUUUCGCAGCGAAGUUCUUAAUUUAUUUUAAAAGAAUCAGAUAUUUUUGCUAGAUACAAAUCCGGAUUAUUGACGGUCCGGAUUAUCGACGUUCUACUGUAAUUUGAAGUUAUUGCUGUGAUUUCCAGGCAGACUUGUUCUUGUCACUGUUUCAUAUCCACGAUUUCAAACAAAUGCCGCUAGUCUUUAUAAACUUCACCAUAAUUGACAUGUGCUAUAAUAUGGAUAGUUAAAAUAUUACUUGUCAAAUGUAUGAAACACUUAUUUCUACAAUAAAAUAUACAUAUACAUACAUGGGUAUAACCAACGGUAUCACGCAACGAACUGUCAAUACUGAUGUAAUGGGAAAGAAGUGAAUUUAUUGCGGCCAGGAUGAGAGAGUAUAGUCAGGGAAGGAUAGAAGAUAAUCGCCAUCUUUCGUAAACAAAAAAAUUGAUAGUGGUAGUCAGGGUUGCCAGAUUGGUGUAUUUUCCCACAAUUUUGGAGUAAUUUGAAAGCGUCUAGGGGAAUUUUUCUAAGCAGAAAUGGUUGCGGGAUUUUUUGGGGGGAAAAUUAUGGAAGAUUUUAAGGGGUCAUGGUAAAUUAAAUAUGCGAAUAUACAUAGAAUUGUAUAUUAUACUCUCAUAUAAUCGAAGACGAUAGGACCUAUAAAUUAUUUCCAGGGCCUUCUGUUGAUAAGUAGUAUAAUUUUGGUUUACUAUUUGACUACUCAUUUAUUAAAUUGCGGCAAAAAUUUAAAUUUGGGGGAUUUGAGCUUCAAUUUGAGGGAAUUUCAGUUUCUAAGUGGGAGAUUUAUAAAAUCACAUUUGGCAACUCUGGUGGUAUUUGUAGCAAAUUUUCCCUGGCAUUGCCUGUCUCUCUCUUGUAUGUUGGCCGCAAUCUCGCUUCACUGUCUGAAUGGGACGGGGCCAUUCCAUCAGUAUUGACAGUUCGUUGGUAGAACGACAUAUUGAAAUAUUUAUUUGUACUAUUGAUAUUAUUAUCAUUAUAUUUUAGUUUUUCCGAUUCUGGACAUUAUGGUACCAUAUAAAAGAGUAGAAACUAUCACGUAGGAAGAUAAAUACAUUUAUUUAAGUUUUUUUUAAAGGCCACUACCAAAUAUUUUUUAAACUUUGUUUUUUCAGCCUUCAGCAAGCUGAAAUAUUUUUUGUGAAUACAGUUAUAUGUACUUAUAUUUUUAGAUACUUAUUAUAAAAACAUAGAUUUGUAUUAUGCAUGUUUUUAGGUUGUGUAAAAUAAAACCAUUUGUUAAGUAUUUAUGUUUCGCCUUUCUAUCUAAAUUUAUUUGAUCCCACUCUAAAAGGGUGGUAAAACUCCAAACUAUAGUCCAUGUACCGACUCAAACAUCGAAUCAUGUGAUGGUACAAAUAAAUUUGUAUUUUUGA